AUUCUGUGGAGACAUCAGGAAGAGAACCAGAGCAGAAUACAGAGAUAAUGACCUCCAAGAGGGAUAUCUUCAGCCUUUCAGGACCUUUACAUCUUACAACUGUUGAUUGGACUAAUGCACAUCACCGUAGAUCUGUUGCUGCCAGCUUGGUACAAGGUGUCUAUGUUUUAGAGCGGGAUCGCCAGCUGAAUCGUAGAGGGCCUGAAUCUCUUGCUCCACCCUGGUGGGAGUUCUUCAAUUUUCAGUUGUUUCGUCAGCUCAUAGAUGAUGUUGAUUUCUCCAUCUUUGGCGCCAUUUAUGAAUUCAAACCCCUGGCUUCCAAUUGUCACUGCACAAUCCAGGGGGGCCCAAGAUAUGUGAUUGCCUUCCGAGGCACAAUCCCCAAGGGAGACUCCUUGACACAGGAUCUCAAAUUGGAUCUCCUUUUCGUCCAAAAUGGACUUCAUGGAACCUCACGCUUUGAAAUUGGAAUGCAAGCUGUCCGGAACAUGGUCGCUGCAGCUGGAGCUUUGGAUAUUUGGUUAGCUGGUCAUUCUUUGGGCUCAGCAAUGGCAAUGCUCGCUGGCAAGACCAUGGCGAAAGCAGGUGUUUUUCUCCAAGCUUUUCUCUUUAAUCCACCAUUCGUGUCUGCUCCAAUUGAGAGGAUCAAGGAUAAGAAACUAAAACAUGGGAUCCGAAUGGCAAACAGUUUCAUCACUGCUGGACUCACUUUUGCCAUAAAGGGUCACCACCAGGCUUCAGCAUUAGAGGAUCCGUUUGUUAUCUUGGCUGCAUGGGUCCCAUGUUUGUUUGUCAAUCCAGCAGAUCAUAUAUGCUCGGAGUAUGUUGGUUAUUUUGAGCACAGGAAAAAGAUGGAGGAUAUUGGAGCCGGGGCAAUUGAAAAACUGGCAACUCAGAAUUCCAUAGGGGGUCUUUUGUGGGGCAAGAAAGAAUUAGAACCUUUGCACCUCCUCCCCUCUGCAAACCUUACAGUUAACUUGAGCCCAUCACCAGAUUUUAAACGAGCUCAUGGGAUUCACCAGUGGUGGAUUCCAGACCUGCAUUUGCAGUCUAAGCUAUACCAAUACAGGUGAUUGUUUCUUGCUUUGUUAC